GAAAAAUCAGAAAAGUGGCAAAGGUUCAACUCUGGAGUUCUACUAUGGGAGAAAACAGCAGUACGUGGUCUCUGUUGAGGAUGAUCAAAGGGACCCAGGAGUAGCUCCGUGGGACAAAUGACCUGUGAAAGAGAUUUCUAGGGGCCUUGGGGAAAGACCUUGUUUAGAAGCCCCAUGUUAAAUCCUUGAACCCUGCCCUUCUGCCUUUUAAAGUGGACAAAGAUAAACACGGCCCAGAAGACUAAGGACACAAAGCUGGGACUAAGGAGCUAAACCGUCUGAAACAAUGGAGACAAAAAUGGAAAGUUUUAGGAGACGUCUACUCAUUAUCGUGAUUGGUGUUAUGAUCAUAGCCUUUGUCUUUACCUGUUUCUGUUUCCUCCAUUUUAAUUGUAUGAGUGAUGAUAACCCCAAAACAGCAGUGCUCAAGAAAGAAGGUAUGGCACUCAAGACACCCAGGUCAUCCAAAACGUCAUUCAGUGAAUCCAAGACAACCAGUCUGUAUGAUCCAGAAAAACAAUGCACACUAUCCACUCUAGACAAUUUAUGCAGGCCCUUGACUCCAGAUAAUUCAUCCAUACUAUCCAGUGUGGAAAAGUUAAACAUGCCAUCAACUCCAGACAAAUCAUCCAUACUAUACAGUACAGAAAAAUCAGGGGCAUUGAGUCCAGAAAAGUCACCCAUACCAUCUAGUGCAGAAGAGUUUAUCAGGCCAUCAAGUCCACAAAAGUCAUUCAAACCAUCAAGCUCAAAAAAACAAAUUAGAUCAUCUCACCUGGAAAAGUCAUAUACACUACAUUCUCUAAAAAAAUCAUAUAAGGUAUCCCCUUCCCUCAAGAGAAUCACUCAAGUCAGUUCAUUCAAUCCAAACAAGACAGUCAAGCCAGCUUGGCCAGCCAAUCUACAAUAUGCAACCAGGUCAUCAUUCGAGACACGUUGUUCACCAAAUCCACAAAAUGCAAUCUUGCCAUACAAGCCAUCCAGGGUACACAAAUUGGCCAAAACACACAGACAUCUUAAAAGUCCCGUGAGUACAGGCAAGAUAUUCAUCCCUCAAUUAGACAUGACUUGUCAAUGCUACAAGGGAAAAUGCCUUAUCUGCAAAACUUUUCCUGAGCCUUUGGUCGGUGAUAUUUCUGAGGCAAAGAAGAGAAAAGCUCAAAACCUAUCUGGUUCAAGUAAAGAGAACCCUUUUCCCAGGUCCUUUCCUCAGGUAGCUUCCUGGAACGAUGCAGACAAUGACAAUGUGAGUGACAGUGAUCUGAUGACAUACAACAACACUGAUGAUGACAGUGAUAGAGAGAUAACCAUUAUUUGCAGCAUGAGACAAACUGAAGCCAUCCUUGAAAGUAUGCCAAAUAAUUAAGGGCUCAAUAAAAUAAAAUUCAACUGUGAAGGAUCAAA